AUGAUUGCUACCGAGUCUCAUUCUAAUCUCCCAAAUUCGGCUAUCUCCUCGGCAAGUUCCCCAAAACUCGUGCGAAUUAGUUAUCGAUGCUCGUCUGAAAUGAAAGUAACAGAGAGGAAUGAGUUUCUAAUUGGGAGGCAACCGGCUGAAGAGCCAACUGGUGUAGCCGAUAGAUCCCGAAACCUUAAAAGAGCAAGUGCUUCUGCAGCAAUUGUAAAACAGAAUAGAUCCAGUUCAGCUGGUGGAAAACGACCUCCUUACAGGUUAGAAGAAAGCCGAUCAAGGAAGAUUCAUCAAGAAAUGAUUGAAAUAAAUCCAUCACCAAGGCAAGAGGAUCUAGUAAAAAUCCACCCUACGGUUCUUACUGUUCGCAAUUCAGGAGCCAAUGCCCGAAUUCCUACAUCGGCUGUAAGUACCAACUUUAAAUAUUUCCUUGCAACGUUAAUAUGCCAUAUUAACGUUGUCUAUAGUCUAUAA